CGCUAAAGGUCACUGCCACCUGUUACAUUACGCAAUAAAAAUUCCCUAACACAUGUCGUAGAAAAUUUUUAAUAAUAAACGUCACUUUGACAUGUUUUGAAAAUGGAAAAUUUUCGUAGUUGUCUGUAAAUAAAUUAAUGCGAUAUAUAUUGCUGCUCAGUACAUUAUUGAUCUCAUCUUUGGUGAUGGCGUGGAGGUCCCAUGGGAAAACAAACGCUGAAUUAAUUCGAAAUCUAAGAGCAAAUGGAAUUAUAAGGAGCGAUGCUGUUGAAAGCGCGAUGUUGUCGGUGGAUAGGGGCAACUACUCCAGAAACAACCCUUAUAUGGACGCUCCGCAAGGAAUAGGUUAUGGGGUUACCAUCAGUGCCCCUCAUAUGCACGCUCAUGCUUUAGAGCUUCUCAAAGACAAGCUUUUAAAUGGUAAUAGAGCUUUAGAUGUAGGCUCUGGAAGUGGUUAUCUUACAGCUUGCAUGGCAAUCAUGCUUGGGGAGAAAGGAAUUGCCGUUGGAAUUGACCACAUGCCAGAACUAGUAGACAUGUCCAUCAAAAAUAUUGAAAGAGACCAACCCGAGUUAUUACAGUCUGGCCAACUGAGACUGUUAUUAGGCGAUGGACGCCAAGGUUACCCAGAUUUGGGGCCUUACGACGCUAUACAUGUAGGGGCAGCGGCCCCGACCUUACCCCAACCUCUUCUUGAUCAACUAAAAGUUGGGGGUAGGUUAAUCAUCCCUGUGGGACCAGCUGGAGGAGAUCAACAGUUAGAGCAAAUUGAUAAAUUACCAGAUGGUUCCAUUCAACGUAAAUCUCUUAUGGGUGUUGUUUAUGUACCACUUACUGAUAAGUCCAAUCAGUGGCCUCGUUCGUAUUGACAAUUAUUUGUAGGAGCUGUUUUUCUUUUUUGGUUGACUCUGAUUUGUUAUAAGUAUUUUAAAUUCUAAAUGUUCUUGCUAGUCCAUUUUUUGACGCGAGUUAAGUUUAUUUAUUUAUUUCUGUGCUACAUACACUGCUACCAGAUGUAGGUUUUUCCCUGGAUAAAUUAUUUUCAUUUAA